AUGAUCUCUGCACUUAUCUAUGGGUGCCCCUUCUGUGGCGUCCGGUUCUCCAGCCCAAGAACACUGCAAGGUCACCUCAGUUACUACUGCUCGAAGAAAACCUCGGAUCUCAUCGUGAAUCCAGGAGCGAAAGAUAGGGACAAGGGCAAUAAUCAUGGAAAACAAACAAUAGAAGUUAUGAAAAUAAAACAAGAGCCAGGUUCCUCCUUUGAAAAAGAACGCAUGCCUCUUAAACGUCGAGCUGAGGACGCUCAACCAAACACAGAAUUCUCUGAGGACACUUAUUCUUCCUCUCCUUCAAAAAUGGGACGUCCCGGAGAAGUGUUCCGCUGCAAGUUUUGCUCUUACAAAGCCGACAAGCUUAGCAGUCUCAACAGGCACAUGCGCAUGCACAACAACGAGCGUACCAAAGCACCAUCAUCGUUGUCGACGUCAUUGUCGUCGUCAUCGUCGUCUCUCCACUCAGUAGAGGCUGCCUCUGAGGCAGUCAGUGCAGCGGUGGUUGUGGGAGGGGCUAACAGUAACGCCCUCAAGUCCCCGAGUCCAGAGACAUUUUGCAAGGAGUGUCGCAUACAGUUCUCCAGCUUCCACACCUACAAAUGUCAUAAGGAACACUACUGUGCACAACGGAGGAAGAAAUCCAUGACUGACAGCUCUUCUGCAUUUGCAGCAAUGUUCCAGUCUCCGUUUACAUUCUCUGAUGCUUCUCAAGUCGGAAUUCCGUCUGCAUUACAGAUGGCCGCACUGAAUCAGGGAGGCCUCAUCUUACCCGGUACCCCUCCCCUACUACAAGCGACUGUCGACCCUACGAGUGUGUCCGGCGCAGCCACUGUCAUCCUCACCACUCCGGUCCUCACAGCUAACGGCAUGGCCAACAUGGCCAUCAGUGUACCCACGGUACUCAUGCCACAGAUGAUGCCCUCUCAUAUUCAAGAAGGAAGUGCAGGAGGCGGAGUGAACACUCUGGGAAACGCACGCAUUAAAACCUCGCCUGGACGGCAUACCCCUCAGGGGAGGGGCGCUACAUCAUCUCCUUUACCGUCUCCCCGCGGAAAACGGACACCUACGUCAUCUGCUACGCACUUCUUGUCUCCUCCAACGCCGCAGUCCACCUCAUCGCGGCAGGAUUAUACUCGGACCUUGGAGGAACUGCACAGAGGAAAAACGUUUGCUGCCACGCCCUCCAGUGGAACUGACCAGCAUAGUGACGGAGGUGGUGACGAUGACGUGGACCAUCCUUUAGAUUUGACAGUGACCAAAAAGGAACCGGUUUCUGAUGCUAGUCAAGAUGACCAGAAGUCUGCAAAUUUCUUCCAACCAGACAAAGAUGGUGCUCUUGAUGCAAGGAGAGUCAUUCGAACGUCUUCAUCAUCUUCUUUGUCAGAUACUGCCAUGUCACAUGAUUCUUAUGAGAAAGAUCUGAAGAACGACAGCAUGAAAAUGUCUUCCAGUCCAUUACGCUCUACACAGUGUGAAAGCACUUCAUCAUCUUCAUCUUCUCAGCGUCACACUAGAUCUGAUUCGCCACACGCAAGUGCUAGCCACGCCCCCACUGCCAUAUUGCCCCACCCAUCAGUUCUAGUUCCGAAUACAGCAUUCCUGGCAGCUCAUGGUGCCACUCCUCUCGCUCUGUCACCUCCUGGCAAAUUAGCGGCGAGUAUGGGCACUCUGCCUUCCCCUUCAGCUCCAAAUAACAUCAGCAAGUGCUCCGACUGCAACAUUGUCUUCUACAAACACGACAACUAUCUCAUCCACAAGAAACAUUACUGUUCCGGCAAGAGAAGAGGGAGUAUCCCCUCUGAACCCCCUCAUCUUCUUUCGUUGAGCUCAGACCAUCACCUCAUUUUAGACGAUAAACCGAGUCUUUCUCAACGCAGUUCCCCUUCGAGACAUGGAUCUGAAGUACCUUCAUCAUCCAGAGAGUCCCCCAAAGCGCCAAAACAAGAGAUGUCCCCGCCAGCUGCCCCCAAGCCUGGUGGUGACAUGACAUACAAAUACUUUUGCGUGCCGUGCCGAAUCAAAUUCAGUAAUGCUAGUAUUUUAGAGGCGCAUAAGGAAUACUAUUGUCCUGCUGGGAAAGACAGUGAGCAAUCAGUUAUCCUGCAGUCUGCGAAUUCCUCCGAGCAAGUGGCGCUGAGCUCUCCUUCAGAUGAGGUGGACGACGGACCUCCUGACUCGCCCCAGGAAGAGUUUACGUGUGCUAGAUGUAACAGUAUCUUUGCCUCCGCUCGCUUGCUGCGCCUGCACAUGUGUGAGGGUGGCUUCCCUUGCCCGCACUGUGACCACGUCGCUAUUACUGAAAAUCGAUUGGCUGAGCACAUGAAAGUCCACGCUCCUACGAGAGCUUAUCGGUGCACUAUUUGUGGAUACCGCGGGAAUACUGCUCGUGGGAUGCGGAUGCAUGGGAAAACCCACAUAGACGAAGGAGUAGAGUUCACAGACGAGAACAUGCUUGAAUAUCACGAGCCAGCGCUUGUCCCCAUCAUCCAGAGUUCGGUCGCCACUGGUUGCACCGAUACAGAACUCUUAAGACUGAAGAACGAGCCCUACAAACGUCGCCGAUCUCGGAAAGCGUACGAAAAGUUUGACUACCCUCUCCCUAAAGUAGACGUUCCCCAGACGUGUCCGUUAUGUGGUCAGAACUUUGCCAACGCCGAUUUUCUCGCUUCACACUUCAAGGUUCACGAGAUAGCGGCUUCCCAGUACGUGGCGGGGCUCAUGAAGUGCAUUCAUUGUGAUUAUGUGGGUAAAUCUGCCGAAGAUCUUAGAGCACAUUUCGAAGCAAACCACACCGGUCAGUUACGUAGUCGAAUGCAGAGGGAAUCGCGGUCUCCCGUGAGGCCAGGACUAGACAGGCGUACAACUUCUGGUAUUGACCAUCGACGUGAUCAACGUGCUCAAGAUGAGCUUGACGAUGACCAUGACAGCUCUCAUGAACAAGACAGAAUUAUGGUAGUUAGGGACCCUAACUCACCUUUCGAUGAAAAGCCGCUAUUUUCGACAUCGGAGGAAGGAGAGGAAUUCGACAGGGCAUCUUCAGCUCGCAAUAUGGAAGACUCGAAUGACAGCUCACAUCUUCGUGUUGUUGUUAAGCAAGAGCCGAUGGAUCCAAUCGACGGGGAAGAAGCACAACAAAUCCCGAAAGUUGAUCACUUUUUGCACCCUGUGCGUGCAAAAUUGAGAUCUGAGUCGACCUCCGAGGAUGGAAAUGACAAUCAUCACUCGAAUGAACUAUCCAUGUCGCCAUCAUCACCCCUAACAAGAGGCUCUGUGGAUGACAACAAUCGCCAUAGGAUGACGUCACCUCAACGUUUUGUCCCUGGUCAGGAGCAGCUACCUGAAGGGACAGACACAGUGAGCCAUGACGUCCCUCGUGUUAAACCAGAGCCAGUUAGUGACAGUGAUGAGUCUCGCUUAACUCCAGGCAUAGAAGUAAGAUUUGCUCAUAACAGCCAAAAUCAGCUGUCUCGCCCAGAAAGUGAGACGGGAGGAGAUAUACCACCAGAUUCUCCAGACUCUGGCAAUACAGUUAAGGCCAGCAGCACCUGGCAGAGAGACUCGGCCCGUAGACCGAGAGCUCAUCCCCGUGGAGAGAGUGUCUCUGGUGAUGAAAGCAUUGAUCAAAGUACUGCUCCCGAAACAUUCGUCAUCAAGUCUGAACGGGACUCACCUUUACCGGACCAUGGGACGCCCAACCCAAACUUUUUGAUGGGUUCACCCUCACAGCCACACCUACGCCAGUCCCCGACGUCCCCAGCACAUGCAAUUACAACAUCAUCAUCGCCGCCAUUAUCACUUACGUCAUCGUCUCGUACGUCACCCGUCGCUGCGUCUUCUUCCUCGUCAUUCUCUGCCGCAAGCUUGGGCACCUCAGGGCCUAGCAUCAGCAUCAAACAGAGCACAUCCCCUCCAGCACCCACAAGUCUCCCCUCCAUGGCAGCUUUCCCGAACCCGGCCGUCUUCCCACCAUACCACCCAUCCCUCCUCUCCACACCAGCAGCCACAUUUCCAUACGCCGCUGCCUCUUCACUUCCAUACUUCUUCCUCCCGUCCCACCCCCACCGACCUCACUCUGGGGCCUCCCCUUCUACACCAUUCCCACCGUUGCUGAGAGACGAACGACCUGGUACCCGCUACUGUCAGAACUGUGACAUUUCCUUUUCUAAGCAGGCCACCUAUCUGGCCCAUAAGAAGCACUAUUGUGAAGGACGUCCUCGGGGCGGUGAUACACAGUCAUCGGCCAAAGCCUGAUGAUCCCCAGCUAUGGCGUUGUAAGUUUUGAACUUGAUCUGUCAUGUUCGAGUUCAAAUCCCAGUUGGGUACCUAUCUGUAGAAUAUCUCGUCCUUCCAGAUAUAUUUCUUCUCACCCAAUUGUUCCGACAAUUGUCCAUCUAUGAAAUGAUCUAUGUUGUGCCCAGUAGGGCUUCAAACUUCUGGGACUGCAAUCAAUUACGCAAAAAGCCCGAUACCACACUCGGACUCGCAUAGAGCGCUAUUUCGUCGGGCAAAGCCACGCUUAUCACUAGAUCUAUACUAAUUUAUCGCAUGGCAAUGGCAGUGCAAUUAUUUCAUAGAGAUAUCUUUGUGCUUGUUGAUCAUUUUUAAAUUCUAAGGUGGCAUAGUGAAAAAACGGGUGGGCUACUAGAUCUAGCACCUGAUGUUUGGACUGUAUGGGGGUCGACAACGUAAUGUACUAAAUACUGUAUCAAUUUGGAUCGGCACACUAUUGUUGUCCAUAUUGAUACUACAAAUCCAAAAUGAUACUGAAAAUUCUGUCUUAUACCUGGGCCAGGACUGUAAGUUAGAUAAAAAGAGACAAAAUUAAAUUGGUUUCUCUGAAAGCGUGCAGCGGAUUACAAUAACUGCGAAAACGGAUCUGGAGCAAUUGAAGAUUUCUCUUUUUUACUUUACAGGGCCACAGAAAACAAUUUAGUAGUAAAACGCGAACCAUACCCUGCCAGGUUGCUUGACGUUGGCAUGAAUGUCGCUAAUGCUAAUGCUUCGUCGUCAGAAUUAUUAGUGUAAUAUUUCUUUCUCUCUUGUUUUUCUUUUUUAAAUUGAUUGUCGCAUUUCUACAAUUUCUCACCUUUCCAAUUGUUAGUCACCAUUCUCUGGUGAUUGAGUGUGCAUAAAAUAAUGGCGCCUAACGUGCAAAUGUCAAUUGUUUCGCACAUUAAUUUUUUAUUAUAUCCAUUAAGUUUAAGAAAGUAGGAGCAAAUCUCACUUGGCUUUGUUUAUAUAUUGUAAGUGUAGGUUUUUGUUAGCCUCAUUUUGAUUUCCAAGCUUUUUUUUGUUGUUGCUGAUGCUUGCCCCCUGCAUUUAUUUUCUCUUUAUUGCAAAGUGCGCUUUCUCUCAGUGGAUCAGUUUAGUUUACAAAACACUGUUCAUUUUUGUUGGCUUAGAUCUUUCCCUCUAUCAUGUUUUGUUUUUUUUAAAGAUUAUGAACAAGACAUGGCGGUGCUUGUUCAGCCCAUUCUCUGUUCCUACUUAAACUCAUGACCCAUGAUAAUAAACGACACAAUCCCUUUGCAGUGUCGUGUCGACCAUUACUACCCAAAAAUUAUGUAUAUUAUACAUAGGACGAUUGUAUAUACAUGUAUUAUCAAUAUAAAGUGGAACAAUUUCCAACAUGUGUGCUUUCGCCAUCAACAGCAUUAAUUUAAAAUGUACAGUGAAUCUCUGAUAGCAGCUGCCACUCAGUGUUGCCUUUAUUUCUUGUAUUUAUUAUUUGAUAAAGAAUUAUUUUUAUGCCGUUCACACUGAUUAAUUUUCUGUUUUAAGUAAGAAAAUACCAUAGCCAUGUAUGGCAAUAACAUUAUGUUCUCAACUUGUAUGACAAGUUGAGUAAAAUCCAGCUUUCAAACUACUUAUUAUGCUUCUUUAGAAUAUAAAGUGUGUGUCGGGAA